CUCUCUCUCUCCCUCCCUCCCCCUCUCUCUCUUCAUCUCUCUCUCUCUCUCUCUAUAUAUAUAUGCACGCACAGACAUAAUUUAUGCAGUUAUAAUUAUGCACUUCCUUUAGAACGUAGUCGCGCUCUUUGUGUAUUAGCUUCCAGUUCUCUGGGUAUUAUCUCUGCAACUUUGCUUCCUAGUGCUGGUGUUUCUUGCAUUGCCUAUUCUAUUUAUGUUUUCCUCUGUGAGUUCUAAGCUGCCCGACACAAUUUGCCGCGAACUGGGUUGCUAAUAAUUGCUUGGGUUUCAGUUUCCAGGUCCACUUCUACAAAGUUUAGUUCACUGCUUUUACAAUAAUUGGGUUUGGAGUGGAGAGAAAAAGGAAAAAAAAAUAAAAUCUCAUGAUAGCAAAGGGAGAACUGAAGUGAGAUACAAUAUAAUGGAUUGGAAUUUGAAGAACCCUUCUUGGGAUUUAGCUGAAUUUGAGCAGGAAACCGUUCCUAACAUCAGUCCAGUUAGUGGGUCAAGCAGUUUUGGGGGUGAAAUGAUUAAGGGGGAAUUUUCAGUUGAUUUGAAGCUGGGCCAUAUGGUUACUGAGCGUGCUGAAAUUUCACCGGCACCACGUGCUCAAAAAAUGGAGCUGUUGCCGGCGAGCUCAUCGAAGAGGCCUCGCGCCGUCGGUAAUGGAAUUCAGGCUGCGUCCUGUCUGGUGGAUGGAUGCCGUGAGGAUCUCAGCAACUGCAAAGAGUACCACAGGCGCCAUAAGGUGUGUGAGAAGCACUCGAAGACGUCUGAGGUUACAAUUGGUGGCUUCAAGAAGCGCUUCUGCCAGCAAUGCAGCAGGUUCCAUUCACUAGAGGAAUUUGAUGAAGGCAAGAGGAGCUGCAGGAAACGUCUUGAUGGGCACAACCGUAGGCGAAGAAAGCCUCAGGCAGAACCUCUGUCACGUCUAGGGAGUAGCUUAUCUAAUUACCAAGGUACCAGACUUUUUCCUUUCCCGAGUCCAGAAUUGCAUCCAUCGACUGCAUUGGCGAAUCCCAUCUGGACUGGAGUAAUGAAAAGCAAACCAGAUGCGGAGCUUUAUGACCAGAACCUGCAUUUACAUCUGCAUGAGAAGCAAAACCCGUUUCCUGGAUCCUUGAGCAGCUAUGGGGAACAAGGCAAGCAUUUGAGUUUCCUCAAUGGCGAUGCCCUUGUUCUUGGAAAUCAAACAGUUGCAGAAGCUUCAGACUGCCAGCCAUUUCUUAAAACGAUUGCUGCCGCCGAAAGUGAUAGGCCUAACCGUGAAAUGUUCUCUGAUGGUUUAUCAGCUCAAUUCCUCACCUCAAAUUGUGCUCUCUCUCUUCUGUCAACAUCAGCAAUGCCAACAUCUGGGAUCAGUUUGAGCCACAUGGUAGCACCCUCUUCAAUUCCACUGGGGCAUCCCUUAGCCACCGGCCUGCAUAAAAAUAGUGAAGCCGGCAUGGAUUCAGCUCCGCUUCAUAAUGCCGGUGAAACUGAUGUCCACUGCCAGGGAAUGUCUCACAUUGUCCGGGAUCCUUCCUCUGAGAAUGAAGCCUCGCCAACGCUUCCUUUCUGCUGGGAAUAAUGAAGGUGCCCUGCUACUCCACUCUUUGCUAGUUGUUUUUAAUGAUAUCAGACCCUGGAACUCGUUUCUCUCUCAACCAAAAAUUGUUUUUUUUUUGGUUUCCUUUUCUCUAGGUGUCUUCUUUUGCACACAAGUGAAUAUGUAGUUAUCUUGUUUCUGCAAAUGCGUGAUCUGUUCCGAUUACAUUGCCAUGGCCAUUCUUUUGCUUUUGUUUUCUGUCCUGCAAUGAAGCUACUACAUUGUACUU